AUGCGCCAGUUUAUGAAGCAGAAGCAGCACGCCGACCAGAACUCGUGCACGGCGCCGGGGUCGUCCAGCAACGUUGCGGUCCCAACGGGGAUCGAGAUGCAGAGCAUAUGAUGGAGUGUGCGUUUUUGAAGUUCGUAUAUAAACUUGGGGGUAGUACCUCGCAAUUGCCUUCGUAUGGAUACGCACGCAUGUCGAGCAUAUAUAAUCAGUGGAUCUUCUCGAUAGCUACCAGUGUCUGUCAUGCCAUGUCCCAAGCGGCGGUCUUGGGAGUGACUUCGGCGCUUAGCCCGACGCGCUCAGUUGUACUUUGAGGAUAAAUUAUGAGUAGAGAACAUACAAUAUCUGUCUCUGCAUGCAAUACUUCCGGUA